AUGGCGUCGAUCAUGAACCUUCCUCCAGUGGUCUCCCGGCGUAUCUCUUUCUUCAUCAUCCCAGACGCCCACAUCAAAGUGCAGCGUAAGACGAGGAUUGCCAACCUGUACGACGUCUAUCACGUCGCUCUCUUGAACGGUCCCGCGUGGACAGAUUUUCACAGCCUUAAACGCACGUCCAAGGCAGUGCAAGCCUUCUACAACCACGAGUACAACAUGUUGAUUAGCGGAAACUCCCUCAGCAUCGUGAUGGACAUGGUCGUCCAUGCUGUCGACCCUACACUACCCCUACCAAUCUCUUUUCUCGGACCAGUCGCGCCGUUGCCGUUUCUGCAGGCAUUCACAAGGCUGCAAGUCAACACCACCUACACGAUCGAGGAGAAGAUUAGGCCUGGAAGCUCGAUCGAGUCGGAUAUCGCGGUGGAGAACGUCACGGCUACGUACUGCCUCCACUCUCCUAGCUCGCCCGCUGCCCCUCUGCCCGGCCGAGCUGACGACCUCCUUGCCAUCACCUUCGAGAAUCUGCACACCAAGGCGAAGCCAGACAGUGACAUGGCAUUCGCAAUCGCCGCGAUCGAUGGUCUUGAGUGGGCUAUUCGUCACCAGCUCGUCGCGCAAGGUCACGUUCCCACGCCAUACCUACCGGCGGUUAACGCGAGAGGCUUGUAUCACCUUGGUCUUCUCUUCACCGAUCGCGCGAUCUUGUGCGCGGAAGCUAUGGAGGCUGUCACGCAAGCUCAGCCGAGAUUUGUCAUUGGCGAUCAUGCCUGCGGCGUGGAGUGGCAGCGUUGGGUUGAGGAGAUAGAGGAGUCGGACUUGGACGAUGAUACCAACGAAGAGGAUGGCGCCGGCGGGGAGGACGUGGACGGUUCACACGAGGAAAAGGACCCGAAAUGCCACUCAAGGUCGAAGCUUGGCGAGAAUGUCUACAAUGAGCACGGCUUGUCAACCGAGUACGACGCCGACGAUGAGAAGGGCUUCGGCCGACUCUGA